UCUCCUAUUAAGUAUGAACUAAAUGUUUUUUAAAAUAGAUUCAUAAUUAUUUGAUAUGAAAUUUUAUAUUAAAUCACAAGCGAAAAGACCACUAAUAUAAAAAAUGUGAUAUGAAACAUCAAGUCCAAGUCAAGCAGUAAAAAACAAAAACACUAACAAAAACUACGUAAACAAAAGCAACAGCACUAACAAAAACAACAACAACAACGAGAACUGCUGAUAAUUAACCAAACAAUAGCGGCAAAACACGAUUCCAAGCCAUUCCAACAGCGUAGUUUUUAGUCAAUUUUUGUAUUCCAAUUUGAACGGUUGUGGUUUGUGGCGGUGGAGCGUAUCUUAUCAGAGUUUUCAUUAGAGUAGAAUUUUUGUGAUAAAUAAAUCCCGCCAACCAAGUGUUUGUUACAUUCAUUUAGUGCAAUUAUUUCCUAUAAACACAAUUAUACAAUUACAAAGUUGAAAUCAAUAAACUGCAAGCCAAGUAAACCAACUCUACCUCAAAAUGAUUGGAAUUAUUUUAUUGCUUGUAUUGGUCGUCAUAAUAGCCGGUUUCUACUUCUCCAAAACUACAAAGGAUAUGCCAAAAUCUUGGUAUGAAUGGAAGACAGAGUUUCGAUAUCAAUUUAUUGGCAUGACUGGUCUCAUACAUGACUUCUCCAACGAAAGCAACGACAGAGUCGAGCUCUACAAACAACCUGGACGUGUUGCUAUUAUCACUGGUGGUAAUCGGGGCAUUGGUCUUAGAAUUGUCGAGAAACUUUUAGCUUGUGAUAUUACCGUGAUUAUGGGUGUACGCGAUCCACAAAGCGCUGAAGCUGCCGUUAGUAAAAUAGUUGAUCUCAAAACCACCAAAGGCAAAUUGAUUUGUGAACAAUUGGAUGUUGGCGAAUUGAAAUCAGUAAGACAAUUCGCCGCAAAAAUACAAAAAGACUAUCCAAAAGUGGACAUAUUAAUAAAUAAUGCUGGCAUUAUGUUUGCUCCUUUUAAACUCACAUCCGAUGGAUUUGAGUCUCAUUUGGCUAUAAAUUACUUGGGUCACUUCUUGCUGACGCAUUUACUAUUGCCACAACUGAAAGCUGCAGGGACCGCAUCACAGAGAGCACGUGUCGUCAAUGUAUCUUCUUGUGUGAAUUUGAUUGGUCGUAUUAACUACAAUGAUAUAAACGGAGAAAAAUACUACUAUCCUGCCACUGCAUAUAGUCAAUCGAAAUUGGCUCAAAUCUUAGCCACACGCCACUUACAAAACUUAUUGGACAAAGAAGGCGCAUAUGUACAAGUUAAUGUUGUGCAUCCUGGCAUAGUUGAUACUGAUCUAUUCGAGCAUUCCGCCACAACUUCAGUGCCAUUCUUCAAAAAGCUCUGCUUCAAGACACCUGAACGCGGCUCACGUACAGUUGUUUAUGCAGCUAUAGCGCCGGAAAUUGAAGGUCAAGGCGGUAUUUAUUUCAGCAACUGCGUAAAAGGACCCAUGCAUCCUGCAGCUAAGAAUGCUGAGAAGUGUGAAAAGUUCUUCAAUUAUACUUGCGAACUGCUGAAAUUAAAUGAGAAGCAGUAAUUGAGGAAUACUUGAGUGUGGAAAAAAUGACAAGAGAAAUGAGAAGAGCGACUGGAAGAGUUAAAGGAUGUAUAUGAAGGCUUAGGAAUGAUUUAAGGGACAAUUUUAUAAAGAGCGCAAGUUUUCAAUUAGGCACAGUUAUGAAUUUGAAAACACAAU